CACUGUUGAUAACUCACAUCCUGAAUCCUGGAACGCUCCUGACCUACCAACGUUACCAGAUCAGGCGCUUUAUGGCCAAAGUCUGUUCAUAUUCACAAGUCUGAAUUCUUGCUUAUUGUGUCAAAGCAGUCAGCAUGGCUGUGGCUGAAGCUGUGAUGCCUGCCGUGACAUCUUUUCCAAGUGUUCAAGCCAUGGAAGGAAAACAAUUUGACAACCUGUGCAAGGUGGAUGAGUGCGCAAGAAGCAGCGCAACAGGUGGCGCAGACAACCCGCUCAUUGAAGUGGAGUUCAGUAUCGUGCAGUCUCCCGCUUUACCUGCCAAAGACGACGACGAGCUGGGGAAAUUCUUGGACCUCGAGUUCAUUUUGUCUAACACCAUCGGCUCCGAGGUUGUGAGCAACAGCAACAUUUCUCCGCAGCAACAGCAGCAGUGUGCGUAUUCUCUGCCGGAGUCUCCGGAGAGCUGCAGCGGCGGUUCUGUGCCAGACUGCAGCGAUCACCCGUCCCCUCACAUGGCCACGCAGAGCUACCACGGCGCCGCGAGCUUCACGGGCUCAACCCCAGUCCGUAGCCUCAUAGCGGAGCUUCUCACGCCUGAGAUGACCUAUCCGGGGGAGAGUUCACCGGACAGCGCGGGCAAGGCGAGAGACGGGCCAGAGUACACCGAGCUGCGAGCGUUGAGCUCGGUUACCCUUCCACCUGCUCCCGCUCAUCACCAGGUGGCCGCAUCUCCGCCGCCGCUUGGAUACAAAAUAAAAAGCGAGCCUGUAAGCCAGUCUUGUAUGAUGGCUGCUGCUGGUGGGAACUAUAUGGGACAGAUACGCACCGUGCAUCCAGCAGCUUUUACGCACCACCACGCUUCAGUUCCAAGUGCGUUGCCGGGGUUCGGUGCGCACCAUAUGCAGCACCCUGGUCCUCAGGGACGCACGGACUGCCAUUUGGCACAUAUGAACUCUACCAUGAGCUCCCAUCCUAACCAGCACCAUCUGCAAAACCAGUACAUGAACGCACCCUAUCAGUCGCAGUACGCACACCACGGUGUGCCACAGUUUCAAGGACCGUACAACAUGCACAGAGAACCGGUGCGCGUUCACCAGCAGCAUCAUCCAGCUUCCAUGCAGGGGAUGAUGCUUACCCCUCCCUCUUCGCCGUCGUUGCUGGAGUUUUACCCACACGACGAGGUGGGGAGCAUCAAGCAGAAGCGAGGCCGCAAGUCGUGGGCAAGAAAACGUGCCGCGACGCACAACUGCGAGUUCCCCGGCUGUGGGAAAACCUACACCAAGAGCUCCCACCUCAAAGCCCACAUGAGGACACACACAGGUGAGAAGCCUUACCACUGUAACUGGGAAGGUUGUGGUUGGAAGUUCGCCAGGUCAGACGAGCUGACCCGUCACUUCAGGAAACACACCGGACACCGACCUUUUCAGUGUCACCUCUGUGAGCGUGCCUUCUCCCGCUCCGAUCAUUUGGCUCUCCACAUGAAGAGGCACAUGUAGGCUACAUUGAACAUACGGACAUUUUGUAUCCAAAUCCACCCUGGUCAGAGAUUCACAGAAGACACACGAAUUGCCUUCCUCACUAAUGGACACUGUGCAUCUGGCCAAAACCAGUGACACAAAACGCUCCCUGGUAUAUGUGCAGUGCCAUGGCAGAGGGUUUAAAAGCAACUAUGUCAUGGUUAAUAGCAUUUGAUCAAAUGAUGUACCACUAAUUUAUUCCUACAGGAACAAGUUGUGCUGGUUUAUUUCCAAAAGUGCAUUGCAUACCAGUGAUCAAGUCAAGUGCCUCUCUGUCAGAAAAAAGAUUGGUGGGAUUUGUACAUAUCUGUGCAUAUGUGAAUUAUCUUUUGGCUAAAUUAUAGUAGUGUGCUAUUUAAGACAUUUCCUCACCCUGUCUUUUAAAUAACUUAUUGAUUGUCUGAGUGCCUUGACAAGACUGCUUAUCUGUUUCCCAAAGGAGAAAACUCACUGUGGGCAGGACCCAUUGUACAUAUGUAAAUUGUAUUUUUGUAAUGUUUACAUCUUAUGUCUUUGAUACUACUCAAAUCAGGUCAGGGUUUUUAUUGACAAUUUUUUUAAUUCUAUUUUCUCACAGUUUUUGUUAGAAUACACAAUAGAUUUUAUAGAUUUGCUAAGCAUUGUAGGCUAGGCCUACAUUUCUUUGGUUUUGUGAAGAUUUGCUUGAGCAAUGCCAACAAAUUCAGGUACUAAACAAAUUUUCAGGAUGCCAAGAAUCAAAUGUCAAUCCACGCUUACUUCACUCCAAUUCAAAUUUUUAUUUAUCACUCAGUGUCUUUAGGGACACAAGACUAUGUAUUUUGCCAAGGAAUAUGUUUGUUUUUUAUGAAUGAAGAAAUCUACUGCAAUGGUUAAACUACUGUACUUGAACAGAAUUGCCACCCAGAGGUAUCAUUCUCCAAGAAUGCUAUUGUUUAAAUGUACUUAAGGGCUCAAAAAUAAAAGUACUUUUGCAAAUA